UUCAUGUCUGCCAUUCACAGUGGAAGGAAUAUCUAAGUGAACCUGUGUUAUAUAACGCUUGUAGAAAACAAGUUGUAUUCAAUUUCGGAUUUAAAAAAUUUCCUUCAUUCGCUUUUAGUUUAAAAAAGUGAUAAGUAUGAAUGUAUCGAACAUUUCCGAAAGUAAUAAUAAUUAUUCCAAGGUAUUUCCGACACAUAUUGGACUAAACUACAAGGAAAAACCAGGAGCAAGGGAUUGGUUUCAUGCAUCCCUGGUCUUGGCGUGGCUGUUUGCCAUUUUGACGAUCACCCUGAACAUCGCCGUGAUUAUGUGUAUUUGUAGACAGAAGAAGAUGUCUAGAUUGUACUUUCUGCUGCUAAACAUGGCCGUUGCAGAUUUAUUGACGGGCAUGUUCGACACAACUUUCAACGCAACAGAAAGGUCUCUCGGAUAUAAAAACAUGACUUGGGCGUGGUUCGCUGGCAUAUACGGGUGCAAAAUACAACGAACUGCUGCCAAUGUCUUUAGCAUUACAUCAAACUUCAUACUUGCGGCUACAAGCUUCGACAGGGCAAUUGCCAUCGCAAAACCCAUGAUUAAUUUCAAACAAGGAUUUGUUCUACAGAAGUGUCUGACAGCACUGUGUUGGGCAUUCAGUACGUUGCUAAACAUUCCAGUAUUUCUCUCAAUGCACUUAAAAUCCGUAUACAAAGCGUAUCCUCUAUGCGGCAUCGACAACAAUGUAAUCACAUUUAAAGUGAUGAUGAAUUACUUGUUUGUGUUCCAAUACCUGCUCCCCCUCUCCGUAAUUCUGGUCAGCUACGUGGUCCUCUUAUACGCUCUAGCACGUCGGUCUGCAAGUUGCAAGCAAACAGGAAAGUUUUUCUUCAUUCUUAAUAAAUCAAAUUUGCAAAACGAACAGUUUUGAUAACAUUGUUCUUUUCUUUUUGGAGAUAUUUUAGGACGAGAACGAAGAUGAGAAAGUCAGUUAAAAUUAACCGAUCAUUUUGUAAAUUUAACAUGUCAAUACAUGUUGGGUACACUUUCAUCCUAAAUAAGUUUCCGAUGCAUUUCAAUUGUCAUUCGUCAAUUGCCAUGUAAGCUUGCAUCUGCGAGAUAUUUAACAAAACGUUCCUUUUGAUUCACAGAUCCAAAAGCAAACGGGGUUUUAAGAGUGUUUAAUGCCGGUUUGCCUCGAUCCAAGAAGAGGAGUCUAAAACUGAUGUGCGGGAUCGUCGCAGGUUUUGUCGCAGCCUGGACGCCAUUUUUUACUCUCGUGUAUAUAGACUGCGAACAUCCAUCUGUGCAAGUUGGCGGUCUUAUGUACUACUUAAACGGAAUAAUCAACCCCGUGGUAUUCUUCAUCUUUCACCGUACCAAGCCAGUCGGUUCGCCACCGAGCUUCUAUUGCAAUGGACAAGCAAUGAGUUUAAACAGGAUAACAAAAGAACCAUUCCAAACAUUGAUAGCAAAGACUAAUGUAAAGCAAAAUGAUAAUAGUCUUUGACAUCAGAACAGUUAUUGUUUAUGACUUGUUCGUGUUAUCUUAAAAGUGUAUGGAACUUGAUGAUACAACAUUAAGGAAUAAUUCAUUUCUAAAUCGAGAGAAUUUUGCAGCGAGCAACUACGUCGGGAACGAGCAACCAAGGAGCAAGUGAUAAGAUGGGACAAAACUUUGACAUUGAUAGAUGACGAAAAUAUAUUAAUUGGGCACCAUAAGGUGCCGUAGUUUUACGGGUGAAUGAGAUAAUAACGUUGGCAGGGGCGAAAUCAUAUUUUUAAAUGUUACUAUCUCUCUUUAUAUAAAAUCAUAUCUUUUAAAGUUAUUAUAUACAUAUUUGAGAAAGAUUGAAACAGUUUAUAAGCCUUCGAAUUAUGAUAGUCGUGUUGCAUUUGCAUUUUUUUAAAGGUAUCAUAAUUAGUGAGGAAAUAAUAAAUUUGUUUUCAGCACUCAUUAUAUUGUUUGAAUCGCAAUAGGAUAAAGUCGUAUAAUGUAAACAACUCCAUCUAUUAAGUCAACUAAAACUCUGUGCCUUGUCAAAAGAAAUGACUUGUUCUUGUGCAAGACGGAAAUACAUAUAAAACGCAUGCGUUUAGUUACAGGUCUUGGCAUCCAUACUGCUAGUAAUUAUAUAUUUCGAAGGGAGAUACGUCGAAGACCUAGAAUAGGGGUCUCGAUUGGUUUGGUUAGAAAAGCUCAGUGGAACUGUUAAUUUUGACACAAGAAGACAUAUUAUAGUAAUAAUUGAUGCUCUUUAACCGUUCAAGACACACCCAUACCUCUGAAAAAUAAG